AUGAAGUCUGUUUCCAUCUUAGCCCUCUUGUUUGUUCUCUUCUUUGUGCUCUUUGAAACCCCAAAGAUAAAAGCCCAGGUACAGGAAUGCGUUCGGGAAUACGAUGCAGGCUUUGGCGAUUUCGAUGAUUUCACUCUUUGUAGGAUUCCGGGUUACCCAUUUUCAUCACUGUGUUCUCUGACUUGCCAGCGAACUAGGGACGCGAAAGGAGGCAUAUGCAAAAGAGAUAAGACAACCGAUUAUCAAUGCUUUUGUGACUAUUGCAACCCAACCACUCCUUAUUUCACAACUAAAUCCUUAAUACUUGAUUAG